CCUGACUGCCGGUCGAGGCUCCGUGCUGCUCAAGAGUGCCCGAGCUCAGCAGUAGAGUUCACUAGGGAUGCCAGCGCUAUCGAUAGCUUGAAGCUGGGUUAUGUGUUCCACGCCCCCGACAUUUUCCUUUUUGAGUACUUUACCCUGCGCGCUCCAUAUCCUGCCAUAAGGAGCAUCAAGCCAGAGAGAUUCCUUCCUCCAGAAGGAAGCUUCGUGGUCCACAUCGGGUGCUCGGAAAGAUGCACUGCUUUCCUCAGGUUGGUCUUGCAAUAAAGCAAAAAUUUACCCAGUGAAGACCUUUCAUGAAGAAAUUAAAAAUAGAAAUUGCAAGCCAUAGAGAAACAAAGCAUUUGUUUACUACACAAAGUAUCUAAAACAACUGUAUAAAGUAGGAUGAAAGGAAUGAAUACACCUGGGAAAAUUUUUACUCAGUGUGAAUAUUUUUGUCUACCUUUUUGCCAUAAAAGGCUGCCUAAGGAAGAAAUUAUAGUUUUCUAGAGAAUGAAAGAGUGUAGUGUAAAAAUGGAGACCACAGUUUCUGAAAUUCAGGUAGAAAAUAAGGAUGAAAUGAAAUUAGCAAAAGCCAGUCCUAAGAAUGAAAGACAGGAGGAAAAAACAUCCAUGCUCUGCUUCAAAAGAAGAAAGAAAGCAGUCAAGUCAGUGAAGCCCAAAGCUGUCCCUGAAGCUGCUGAUGUGGCAAGGGAGUGUCCCCCAGAAGCAGGAGCUUCUGAUCAAUCACAGCACCCAGGGGGGACCUGGGCCUCAAUCAAACGUCUAGUAACACACAGGAAAAGGUCAGAUUCUUCAAAGCAGCAAAAGUCAUCUAAGGCUGAAGUGCAACCUGAAAUAAAGGAUGAAGAUGCUGAUCUUCCUAAGAAAAAGGUAAAAUCCAGAAUUAAGAUUCCCUGCAUAAAAUUCUCAAAAGGUACACAAAGAAGUAAUCAUUCCAGAAUUAUAGAAGACUCAGACUGCAGCAUCAAAGUCCAAAAAGAGGCUGAAGGUUUGGAUAUACAAACUCAAACCCAAUUGAAUGACCAGGCAACAAAGGCUAAGUCACCCCAGGAUCUAAGUGAAGGCAUCCUGCACAAAGAUGGUGAUGAGGUCUGUGAAUCAAACGUGAACAGCAGCAUAACAUCUGGAGAGAACGUGAUUUCAGUAGAACUUGAAUUGGAUAAUGGGCAUUCUGCUAUUCAAACAGGAACUCUAAUCCUUGAAAAGGAAAUUGAAAUGAUUGAAGAAAAACAAAGUGUUCAAUCUCAGCAAGCAAGCUCACUUACAAGUUCAGAAACAGACAACCAGCAACCAAUGACUUCUGAUGUUCCUCCAUCACCUGCAAUCCCAGAUCAGCAAACUGUGGAAGAAUCCAGUAACAAUGUCCUAGAAAGUGGACCAAACUGUGAAGACUAUGAAAGGAGAGAAAUGGUGGCUGAAGAGAAUAAGCCAAAAGAUAUUGAAUUGAGCCAGGAAUCGGAUCUGAAAGAAAAUGGGAUCGAUGCAGAGAAACCCAAAUCAGAAGAAAGCAAAAGAAUGGAGCCAAUUGCUAUUAUUAUUACAGACACUGAAAUAAGUGAAUUUGAUGUUAAGAAAUCUAAAAAUGUCCCUAAGCAAUUCUUAAUUUCAAUAGAAAAUGAGCAAGUAGGGGUUUUUAAUGAUAGUGGUUUUGAGGGUAGAACUCCAGAACAAUAUGAAACACUCUUAAUAGAAACAGCUUCUUCUCUUGUCAAGAAUGCUAUCCAGUUGUCUAUAGAACAGCUGGUUAAUGAAAUGGCCUCUGAUGACAAUAAAAUAAACACUCUCCUACAGUGACUCAAUUUCCAGAUCAAGGAAGAAAAGCUUAACCAUUUACACAUUCACAGCAUUUCUUAUUCAGAAACAAAUGAAAGAUUUAUCACUUGUGGAAUUAAAGGUAAAAUUCCAGCCUACAAGUGCUAAAGAAUAAAUCAAGUUCAUAAAACUCUACCACUGAAUUGCAGUCACUUCUGGAUUGGAGGAAGUCAGCACAGCAACACAAAGUGACAUACAGGGAGUAGCUAAAAUGGCAUAUGGAGAUUGUUUGGGAAAGGAAGUAUUUAUUGAGCACAACAGUAUGCCAUAAGCUCUUUACUGUUCUCUGAUGUCACAAAGUCUGGUUUCUUUUUAACAGUUCAGCGCUGUGUAACAUUGCAUUCAGUUUUCAAAAACUUUUUUUUUUACCGUGCAUUUUUAUGUUGUUUAAAAUGGUGAAUAGGUGAGCUGCUUAUGUGAAUAGGUACUUUAUAGUUUUUAUAUUCCUCAGCAGUAGUCUUACCUCAAAAAAUAUAAUGCAUUUUUUAAUUUCAAGAGUGUGUGCAGAAUAUGCAUACUGGAAAACAUGAGUGGUUUUCUCAUCUUGCUUAAGUCCCUUACAAAAGCCAUUCACGAGAUCCUUCAAAUGAGCAAAUAGUUACAGAGUGCAAAAGUGUGGACACAAGGAAUAGUUUCUCUUUCCACCUUCCUUCUGUCCCAGGAGAUCUGUAUAUAUCCAUUUCUGUAUGGGUUUAUCUGCUGAAAAGUUUAAAACAAAACAGUGAAAACCAAAUGAGGGAAUAUUACUUUUCAUCCAGGAGAAUUAACAAAUGACCACAGCACAGAAUUCCUCUUGCAGUAUUUCUUCUUUAAAGACCUGAUUCAUCAAUGUCUCCUCAAGGACAGGAGAGAUCUGAUGGAAAAGGGUCUAGGAAAUCAUAAUAUUCUAGUCAAAAUGUUGUUUAUUCUUGGCCAAGAAUGAGCCAUGUACAGUUAUUGCUAAGGUACAAAUUUUCAGUGUAUGUAUGUGUUCAGAGAAUCCAGUAAAAAAGUAUUUUACAUGUAUAAUGAAAAUUUUAAAAUUUUUCAUCACUAUUUCCAGUUCAGCUAAUACUUUACAAAAAUGAGAAGGGCUCAUUUGCAUUUUAUUCAGUUAUUUAAAGAGAAGCAUCCAAUCACAUCAAUGAUUGCCAUGUAUUUUGGAGAAAAUUCUAUCUUCCAUGUUUUCUUGUAUGAAAUGGCCACGAUACCCUAACACACUUCCCUACCUCAUAGGUUAGGGUUCAUACUGUAUAGUUUCCCAUUUUCUAAACUGAGUGAUGGUGUUACUACUUGAAACAGAUGAAGAAAUGGAAGUAGAAGAAUGAAUGGUAAGGUUUGUUGAAGACCAUCUUGCAGGAAGGACACACAUGAGAUGAUUUUAAAUGUUCUGGGUGAGUUCUUGCACUAUUUCAGUAUUGCAUAUCUAUAGUAUAUGUUCAUUUUUCCUAUAGUUUCAUUUUUUUUUGUAAAUAUAUUUUGAGACCUCUGACAGAAAAAGCCAGUCUGACUUUGGAAUUGAGUCAAAAAACAGAAAUUAGUAAGAUUAUUAAUCUUAUUAGUAAGAUUCUUUGCUGAAAUGCAAACAUUAUUUCUCCCAGAUUUUCCUACCUUCAUGUUUAUAAUCUACGAGGGGAAGUUUCCUUCAGCAGCAAGAUAAAUGUGGGUCUUUCAAAACAUGACCCAAGAAAUCAAUGUCUUUUAAUUAACUUCUACCAAUAUUUUUAAAAGUAAGAUUGUCAUACUCCUUGAAAAACUCUUUUCAACUCACUAUAUGUGGUGCUAAUGGACUUAGAUAUAGCUACCAGCAAAUAUCACAUUUUAAAAUGAACAAUUUAAAAACCUGAUUAAGGUUGGUGCAUUGUACAGUAUUUUGAAGAAUCCUAUCUUCAUUUAUUACAAGGAUUGCUCCAAGCCAAUAUACUUGCAUUAUAAUUUUUCAGUCAUCUCUUAUGAACAAGCAAAAGUAUAGCAUUUAUCAGUUAUUUAAAGCAUUCUGGAAGGUUAGGACAUAUUUAUUUGGGAUUUAAAAAAAACAGAUACGAGUUAAAUAUGUGUAGUGAAAUGUCUAGGUGUUUUUCCCAUUGUGGUUUGAUAAAUGUAUUUUUGGUUACAAAUGCAUUAUGAUUGUUUUUAUGAUGAGAUAUAUACUCUUGCAUUCAUUAAGUGGUUUCUCCUCAAUCUUUUCUAGUGAAUUAAAUAAUUAGUAUUUAUCUGAAAAUAGAAUCUUUAAAUUAAUUGUUCUCAAUCUAUUACAUCUGCUACAUGGCCAAAUCCUAUUACAGUGAAUUUCUAAAGGGAUUCAAAUUGUUUUGUUGUUAUAGAAAUAAGCAGGAAUUAGAUGGCCUAGAAGUCUUUCAUAAAAUAUUUAUUAUCGUAUUUAUUUUAAGCAAUCUGAUCAUAUAUGCAAAAUACUGUGUGAAAUAGGUUCUGAUUCAAUUCACAUUCAUUUGAUCAUUUAAAAGGUUUAAAUUUAAGAACACCAUAUUUUCAUUGAAAUCUGCUGUGGUAUAAAUGUUGCUUUUAAUGAACAUUUAUUAGUUAGGAUUUAGUUUCACUGUGAACUCAGAAUUUUUGCAAGCCUGGGAGAGUUUAUCAGAUUCUUAUUAAUCUUUUCAGUAUAUUAUCUUCCUCCCUUUAAGAGUCAAGUAUUAUUCACUUUGCUUCUUACAACACAGAAUAUCAAAAUUCUCUAUUUUAUGUGGCACUAUUCACCUAACAUUUUUUAAAGCACUUUACAAGAUAUAAAAAUAGUACCCAGUAACAUUUAAGUAAAGGUAGAGAAAACAAAAGAACUUUCAAACAGAAAUUAUGUUCCCUGCCACCUCCUCCACCUCAAAGAAUAAUAAGCAUGUGGCACAAAUGGAGUUCUUCAUAUAAAAGCUGUCUGCAUAAUUUUCUUUCAAGGUAAUAUAUUUGACAGCACAAAGUUUGCAGUGAUCUUAAUUGGGCUACUAUGCAGUGGAAUCUUAGAACUUUCUGACUUACUUCUGAGAAAUCAUGUUAUUUCACCAGAAUAUGUGAAUAAGCAUUUUGCUAAAGGGUGUGAGAGAUGAAUCAUGAGAGCUCCAGUCAAAUCUGGCUUCUGCAUGCAGUCCAGAGUAAAUUUUACCCAUAAAUUUCUAACUAACUUCAAGUUGCCUUACUUUUUAAAGUUAAGAAUUUUUUAGGGGUUUACAGCAGAAUUUUAAAAAAUAAUUGUUAGGCUUUAGAAUCCUAUUGUUUGAAAAGAUCCUUUAAAUGUCGACUUUACUGAAAUAUGUAAAGUCUGCUUUCUAAUUUCAUCUGCUACUAAAUACAUCGGAGUUUGAUUUUUCUGCCUGCCAUCUGUGAAUUUUUUAAUAUCCUACCUUAAGUUUUAGAGUUCUUUAUGUUCAAAUUCCUAUGAUGUUUUAUUGUGUAAAAUGAGAUUUCUUAUAUCCAAUUCAAAAUAUCCUCCAUAGUACAUUUUAGGAAAGAUUUUUUUAUUAUGAUCCUUAUUUAUAUUUAUUAGAAUGAAGGUACAUAAAACUUAGGUGUGCUGAUUAAAUUCAGUUUGAUUCAGUCACUGUUAGGCAUACCACCUGCCAAACAUUUUGAUAAUGGAAUAGGCUUCCUGCUUUCCAAGAGCUCAGUCUAGGGAGCAUGACAACAGAAGCUGAGACAAGGGUUAAGGCAAAGAGCCACAGAUAGUGCAGAAACAUGAUGUCAGACGGGAGCGUAGAGUGUAAUUUUGUGUGGUGUAGGAAAAGUGUCAUCUGAAUACACUAGCAGUCUGAAAGCAUUCAGUUUCUAAAUAGUUAAGCAGUAUAUUCAUUCUUAAUUGUGACUAGGUAUAGAAAAAGACCUGCAUAAUGUUACAUAUUUAUAGUAGUUCUUUGUCUAUAAAAAUGUUGUGGAUGAGCUAUUCUGAAAGUUAAGAAUUCCAUUUUGUAUUUCUCAUUAAAAUUGGUAUUCUAUUACGAUGGAUCAGAUAUUAGUAUUAAAUAAAUAAUACUCUGUGAGAAAAAGUUUUCAAGCUGAAUUAAUUUAGAUACUAAUAUUAAUAAAGUGUUAUAUUCAUGUUUGUUUAUCCACAGCUUAAAAAAAAAACAUAGUAAACUGUUCACUUCAUAAAACUAUAAAGAUCAUACUGAUAAAACCAUUUAGUUAGCCUUACUAAAAGUUCCACUCUGCUGACUGGGUAUCAGACAGACUUUACAACAUGUGCCUAAAGGAGUCUACUUUGAGCAAGAAAAAUAAAAAAAGGAACUAGAACUUUGAACUAAUUCAACCUAAAGGGAAGUUCUGAAUUUGAUGCCACCUAUGAAUUUAACAAAAACACAGUUUGGGAGGCGGUGGGUGUAGCUCAGUGGUAAGAGCACUUGCCUAGCAUGCAAGAGGCCCUGUUCAGUGCUGCUAAACAAAACAAAAUAAAAUAACAAACAAAAACAGUUUCCAUCAUUUCUUGCUAUAUUUCAUUAGUUGUCUUUUCUGAAUUAUAUUAAUCUAUGACUUCUUAAUGAUCUUUAUGGUUUCCCAAAUAACCAAGCCAUCUUGAUGUGAAAAAUGCUUAAA